AUGUCUGCCCAUAUCCCAGUGGGUACGAUAGAUUAUAACCUCUGGUUUAAAGACCAACAAUACGGCCCGGGAGCCUAUCCCACCGUCGAUACCCUGACUUUUCUUUGCCGUCAGGAUGCAGAAAUCUACAAUGCGAAGAUACGGUUUCAAGAAGAGACCAUGAGAGUUCACGAGACCAUUGCACCAACGACAGCAACAGCCUACGAUAUCACGGAUCUCAGUCGCCACGUCUUCGGCUAUUGGGAAAUGAUGCUUGAUAUAGCAAAAGCGGAUCCUGUUUGGGCGGCCAGUUACGGAGGCAUUAAUACGCCGCGCUCCUUUAAUAGUAGUUGGAGUCGCGCAAAGCAGCAUAUCAGGGAGCUUAUAAUUAAGAACCAACGUGCCGCAGAUCAGGCUGCUGCCGAUGCUACUGAUAGUGCUGACGAGGUUGAUGAUGAAGGGGAAGAGGAGAGUGACGAAGAAAGUGAUGAAGAAAGUGACGAAGAAAGUGUUGGCAGCGUUAUCGUUGUCGAUUACAACAAUGAUGGGGAAGAGAGUAACGACGAAGGAAUCGAUGUGGAUAACGAAGGAGAAGAUAGCGACGAAGAAAUGGAUGGCAGCAGUGUCAUCGUUGUAGAGUAUAGCGAUGAUGAUGAAGAGAGCUACGACGUUAACAUGGAUCAAGGAUACGAAGAAGAAGAAGAGGAAGAAGAAGAUAGCGAUGGGGAAUUGGUGGGUUUUUGGUGGGAUCAUACGAGGGAUACUUGUGGUUUGAUAUUUAGUCUCGAUUCCUCUUCUUUAUAG